GUCAUCCUGUAUGUUAAAACAAUUUUUUUGAACGCCAUCUUAAGUUUUUUUAUCGAAGUAAUUAGGAACAAUUUUAUGUUAUGAUUUCCUUACAUUUUUUGUAAUAUUUACAAAACCAUGGCCUCAAAGGUGCACGUGCAAGAUAAUUCGGUGGUCGAGAGAAGACUGCGCCCCAUUUACGAGUGGCUAGAUAGCGGCAAUAAUAAGAAGGCCCUUCAAGAAUGCGACAAAGUGCUCAAAAAGACACCGAACUUACUUUGCGCGAAGGCGCUUAAGGCACUCUCGAUCUUACGUAUGGGCCGGGAGGCGGAGUGCGUGUCGAUUCUAGACUCGCUCAUCGAAGACAGUCCAGGUGACGAUGCCACCCUGCAAGCAAUGACUUUGUGCUACCGCGAGCUGCAGCAACAAGAGCAAAUCUGCACUUUGUACGAGAACGCGAUCAAAUUGGAUCCCGCGAACGAAGAAUUUCACACGCAACUCUUCAUGAGCUACGUGCGAAUCGGCGACUUUAAAUUGCAACAGCAGUCGGCGCUGAAUUUGUACAAACUGAAACCGAAAAAUCCUUACUACUGCUGGGCGGUGAUGAGCGUCGUGCAGCAGGCGACUCGAGGUUCGGGCGAGUUCGAUUCGACCAAGCGCGGCGUUCUGCUCAGCUUGGCCGAGAGAAUGAUCGAUAAAUUGAUUGCGGAGAGUAAGCUCGACGCCGAACAGGAAGUGCAACUCUACCUGAUGAUUCUCGAGUUGCAAGAUAAACUGGAGGAAGCAUUGCAGGUGCUCAACGGGCCGCUCGGCGACAAGUUAGUGUGUAGUUCCGUCAACCUCUACAAGUUACCGUAUUUGACCAAGUUGAGAAAGUGGUCCGAUGUUAAUUUAAUCUGUAAGGGGAUACUGAUAGAAAGCAUGGACAGGUGGGAUAUAUGGAAAGAGUACAUCGCGUCGGUUUUCGAACUGAUGAAGGCCGACGUCGUCGACGAGGAGCGUCGCGAGGAGAACCACGCGAACGGCGAGUGCGAGCUGGAAUACGUCGACGAUACGCCCGAGAAGGCGCACGAGUUUAUUUGCCGGCUGGUCGAGAACGGCGACGAUAACGGAUACCUGCUGAGAGGUCCCUAUCUCGCGCGGUUCGAACUUUGCUCAAACCUUAUUCGGCAGGGGAUCGACAGUGGCGAUUUGCUCGGCGACGUAAUGGAGCUAUUUAUCGAGUACUUUCGAAAGUUCGGUCACAGGUCGUGUUGCGUUUCCGACUUGAGGAUUUAUCUCGCGUUGUUGGACGGCGAAAGGAGAAUCGAGUUGGCGAAUAGGCUCAUCAAGGAUGUCGGCAUUAGCUCAACUAGUGUUCCGCAAACGGAACAGCAAAUGCAGCGACACCUCUGCUCACUACAACUCUCAAGGCUGUGCAGCAAUCACCGUAACCUCUCCUCGGAUCACUUGGCGGCAUUAGUCACCGCAUUCUCCCUCCACUAUCAGCACGGGUACCAGACGUACGGACUUAACUUGCUAUACACCGAUCAGGGCCCGUCCGAUCCGUACGCGAUUUUAGCGGCGCACAUCCUGUACGACCUCUCCGAAUCGACGCAAAGCUCUAAACCGAUCAUAACCGCGUUGGUUCUCUUAGAAAAUCUGCUUAUGAAGAGCCCUUGUUCUUUCAACGCAAAGUUGUUAUCGCUUCGAUUGUUUCACACUAUCGGUGCUGGUAUUGGCGCGCAUCAGGUGUACGAAACCUUAGAUUUAAAGCAUUUACAAAUGGAUUCGUUAGGCUACAGCCAUUGCGCUCGGCUACCGACGACCGGUCUACUGACGCUUACCGCCACCUUAUUGGAUUCUACGCUGAAAUUCUUCUCGUCGAAUUACAAAGAUAGUUCCGAUCACUUAACCUUUUGUUACAAGUACGGGUCGUUUAUUAAGCUGAACGAUUUCAUGGAUUUUCGGGAAAAAUUGAAUAACAGCUUUCAUUACACCAUGGUCGCUGUCGACAGGAUUAUUUUAAAUAUCGUACAGUGCACGUCCAUCGAUAGUUUAUACAACGCAAAUAUUCUUCCGAAAGAUAAUAACAUUGAAUGGGAAAAACUGAGGGACAAUCACGACUUGAGCGUGUACAUCUCUUGGGACCCGGAACGCAUUGAGAGUACACCGGAGGACGCUCGGGAAAUCAAAGACCUAUUCAUUCAAAACGUUCACUUCUUAAAAUUACGCACUCACAUCUUGUGGGCCCUCUCCGCCAGCGUGAACAUAAUAAAAUCGCACGAUUCCGCGCGAAAUUCCUGCGUGGACACGCUCAGGGGCGUCCAAAAGGACUGGGCCGAUAUUUAUCACAAAAUUUCUACAACCAAAAGUGUUCCUAUUAAACAGAACUUAGUCACCUCGCCGCUACCGUCGAGACUGCACUCGCACUUGGACUGCAGAUACUUCGAGAUACUCGGGCAGCUUUUCAAUCUCUUCGUCAACAUUUCCGUCGAGGAUACCGCGAAUUGCGGCGCGAUCGUUACCGAUGUACAAAGUAAUUUUAAGCGUUUAACGGGCGUGGUCGUCGACCUCGUCGGACAGCAGAGGCGGUCGGGCGACUGCUAUUGGAAGAGGAGAUCUGUUUUAGAAACUGUGGUUAAUGCAGUUGAGAUAAUCAGCUUGUCGGCGACGAUCUGCUUGCUGUGCAACGAUCUGGCGAAGCCGCCGCAGAACAAGAGGUCGAAGAAGAAGAUGGACGCGUCGACCAAGUGCGUUUUAAACGAUUUAGCUAGUGUUAUAAAGAACGAAUUAAAUACGAUUGACUCUUGUUUAGAAAAUUGGACAUUGCCGGACGAAUUCGACUUGUCCGAUCGGUUAGCGUUACUUAAUCUAAGUGCGAACGGCCAAAAUAGCGUGAUAGAGAACAUUGUUAAUAGCCACACGACGGCGGUUAAGGAAUUACGAACUCUUUUAAAAGCGAAAUUGAAAAUGCUAAGCGGUUAAGCGUAGUGCCAUCGUUCGUUUUUCCUCUCGGUUUUUGAUUGUAUCCACCUUUUGGCUCCAGUCCAGUACAUGUGAUUUUUGUACAUGAUUCAUGAUUUAUAAAAUCAACUAAUUUAUUAAAGUUUAACAUGUG